GUUUAUGGAUAAAGUAGCAUAAUCAUGUUUACCAAGAAAUGUUUCAUGUUUGCUCGUGUCAUUCCAAACUUAUGUUCGACCACCUCAUGUCUUGUCUCAACUGAAAUUCUGCCAUGUACCUACAUCCGUAAAAGGCAUUUCAAAUUUAGUGCUGGACCGAUUACUCGCAAAGACAAUUUUAGCAAAUUUCAGCAUAAAAACUUGAUCCAGAGCAGGUUGCAAAGCACAUCCAGCGAUUCAGAUGAUGUAACAAUCGUGUACCGCCAUGGCCUUCCUGUCAUUACAGUUACAUUGCCAUCAAGGCAUGAAAGAUGUUCAUUUACUCUCCGUCCUUUGCUGUCAACUGUCGGACAAUUUUUGAAUGAUUUAAAAUCAGAAGAUAAAGGAAUAGAUACUGCUGUAAUUUAUGGAUCAGAUGGAAGCAGGGUUGCAUCAAGCACUCAAAUCGAGCAUUUACUCUCUGGAAAUUUUAAACUUACAAUCAAUAAUGUUUCUUAUAAUGUUGAACCUCCACCUUCUGACAAAGCAUCCUCUGAGCACAUCGCCGAGUUUGAUGAUUUGAAACAAGUAAUAGCGAGGUUGUAUAAUAAUUUAAAUGUCGACCAAUAUUGCUUACAACAAGAACAGCAAGUAUUAGGAAGGCUUGAAGAACUGAGGACGCAGCUAGAACCUCUCGAAAAGGUGAAAAAAGAAUUAGAAGACAAAGCAAAUUUCCGAACAAAUUUGUUAGUUUGGGGAGGACUUGCAUAUAUGGCAGCUCAGUUUGGAGUGUUGGCAAGGCUCACAUGGUGGGAAUACUCUUGGGAUAUCAUGGAACCUGUCACUUACUUUAUCACUUAUGGAACUGCAAUUUUGAUGUAUGGAUACUUUAUUUUGACUAAACAGGAAAUGAUGUAUCCGGAUGCCAGGGAUCGUCAGUUUCUACGCUUCUUACACAGAGCAGCUGACAAAUCAAAAUUUGAUGUGGCCGAGUAUAAUUCUCUGCAAAAUAAAUUAGCACGGGCAGAAGAAGACUUGAAAAAAUUGAAGGAACCACUUCGAAUCCAAACACCGACUUCUUCUCAACAAAACAAAAUUAAAGACUCCUAAAUUUGUAGAAUUGAGAAUUCAUUGUUUUCAUUUGUUACAACCAUAUAUUAUGCUAUAAUGCUUUUUAGAUAAUUAUAUUAUAUUCUUUAUACAUGGAUAGAAUAGGUAGCAAAAUUUGUGAAUUCUGUUCCGUACAUACCGUGUUUGUAUUCGUAUGACAUGUACUCCUGUACGUCUACUAAAUGGGGUUGCAAAGGCUAUUAUGAACAACGUAAUAGAAUUUGUUAAAAACAAUGAUUUGCUCGAAAACGAACACAAAAAGCACAUAAAUAAAUAUACCGUAGUUUUAUUUCAAAAUUUUAUGUUCGAAAUCUAUGUUUUGAUGCAUGAAAACUGUUACUGAGGCCUACCUCGUCAGUCGUCACUGCAACCAUGGUGUAAUAUUUCGUAAUGGAGGUCUAGCUCUCCAGAACUCAGCAACUAGGCUGUAAAGUAGAUUAUGUAUUACACGAUUUCUUGAGCAUAUUUUAGUUUUUCACAAUUAUUAUACUGGAAUUGUUUAUGGGAAAUCAAUAUCCUGGAAUGAGAACAUUUUAUCCACUACUUGUGAUUCGUUAACUUUACCUAUUCUAGGAAUGUUUGUUAUGUGCUAACAAUAUAACCUAAUGCUUCAAGGGCUGAAAUAUAUAUGGAAGGAUUUUAUUUUGAUUCAACAUUCCUGCUUGGAUUCUGUAAUCGUAUGAGUUAUCCUUAAAAGUCUGGUUUCCCCCAGCUGUUAUUCAAAGACUUUGUGAAAAAGAAUAUAUGUCAAAUGUACAGUUGCUCAUUUCAGACUUUUGUUGGCAUAUACAAACUUUCAAUGCUUGCCAAAACUAAAUUAUUUUGGAUAUUAUAAUUUAAAAUGAAGUUACUAGCUGAUUAAUCAUCAUUAAAUUAUCAUCAGUUGACUUUUGAAUCAUGAUUCCAAACUAAUUUUUGGUCAUUUGCUUAAUAUGCAAAUAAUACAUUGGCUUAUAAGUAGAGCAUUGUAUUUUCAUGCAGAAAUUUAAAAUUAUAGGAGUGGGGAUUUAGACACUAUUUUACUGUACUUUAGGCAUGUACUGCACUGCAUGUAAAUUUAUCGGUCGCUUCAAAAUGUCACACCAUAUAUUUUUGACGCUUUUUGAAUAGCUUGUUAAAUAGUUUCUCAAUAAUUUAGUGUCGGUUCAUACCUUUGCAGGAUUUUUUUAGAAUACCUCGGUAUAUGUUUUUGAUAAUUUAAAUUGAAAACAAAUUAAUAAUUUCUUAAACAUGAUUACAGACUAGAAAUGUCUUUACAUUGCAAUUGAUCAAAUACUUAUCAAUUUAAACAUGUGGGAUACAGUUAUUUGACAUUUGCUAUUUUCUAUAUAGACAGAAAUUAAAUCUUUUAAAUAUACUCCUGAAGCAGAAAUGUUGAUUUAUAUACUGUAAUUAGGUUUUUAUUCUGUUUAUUUUGAACACUGAUUAUGAUAUAGAUUAAAUAGAUCCGUAAAAUAUGAUACUUGGUUACAGUUUUCUAUCAUGUUUUUUUUCAUAUAAUUUUCCUUUAGUUGGCUAUACCAAAUUAACUGUCGAUUAGGUGUUUUUAUAUACUGUUAGUUCUACUGCAUUUGACACUACAGCGCAUGCUUUCCUGAUAUAUUUGAAAAAUAAUGCAUCAUAUUUCAAUAGUGUUUCAAAUGCCUCAA